AUGGUUUGGGAACUGGUGGUGUUUGGCGACUGCUAUGCCUACAUCAAGCACCGAGGCUACGUGCUGGCCGCAGACGUGGCUGCGACCAAGGACGACCUCAAGCAAUUGCUCACCACUCCCCCCAGGCUGGAGCAGAGCCGGGCCAAGGUGAACAAAGUCAACCAACAAGUGGACAUCCACGGCAUCAAAGUGACGCUAAAUCAGCCGUUUAUCGACGUCAUCUCGAAAAUGCUGGGAGAAUUGGAUAUGGACGAGGUGGAAACGGCGGCGUUGCUCAUCGUGGCCCAGGAUCAGGCCCAGGCUCGCGGUGUCAGCUUACUGGAGGCAGGGUUCAUGGUGUUCUAUGAGCGGUACCAAUAUAUCCUCGAGAUUGUCACCUACCUUAUCUCCCGGAAACAACUUGACCUUCUCGAUGUUCAGGCCUCCCAGGUAUGGACUAACGUCUUUGCCAGUUUCACCAAGAUAUACGCGUUGAUCUCGCUGCUUAACGCCGCCAUCGACAAGCAAAAAGUCACCCUGGACAUUAACGACUUGGAGUUCAUUCUGAGUGUGCGCUACUUGCGCCAGCGGUUGUGGCAGUGCCACGAGAAGCUCGCGACGCUUCUGUUUGUGUUGAUCGACACUUACCCUGAGCUUGCCACUGAAGCUAACACAAAACAGUUGAUUGAAUUCAUCAAGAAGAAUAUAACUAAUGACGAUAGUGCCUUGAUCCAUUUCGUGCCGGUGGUACUCGCGAUGGUUACUCGUUGUUUUGACCACGACGCUAACGUCGAAGCUAUCCACAAGUACGUGGCUGAUACCUUACAAGCUGACCAUAAACGCACCGCCGAUGCUGAUAAUAAUCUUGACUUGGCCAAGUCUCAGCUUGCCGGUCUAGAGUUAGUGGCCUACACUGUGUUUUUAACCAAAUUCAUCGGGUGGUGUAAAGUGCAGGGGCUGCGGACACAGAAAUACAAUUUCAGAAACGAUAUUCUUCAGUACAUUGAAUGGCUCAUCAGUUAUGGAGUCAUGGAGGCGUUACUAAGCUUUGGUGCCGAAACUGCCGUCACCACCGAGAUUGGAGCUACCCCAUAUACCGCUUACGACUUCCGCGCUCUUUUACAAAGACAAUACCCUCGUCUCCGGCCGGCGAAGUUUGAAUACCCUGCAAGCGCCGAGCUCUUGUCGGUGGCUAAGCAACACCCGGCGGAAUUACCUAAUAUCCACUUACUUGUCACAAUUGACUACUUGAAAGUGUCACCCGAGUUUUCCGACGAUCUUGUGGUGGGGUUUUUCCACGACUUCUUUGUCCUGUUUGUCGGAAAUGCUGCGAUCGUUCUUACCAGUUUACGCGAUAACGAAGAAGACUUCUUAUUAGCAAGCAAACAAGAAGCCGAGGACGAGACGGUAGCGCAGAUUGCCGCUGCUCACGCUGCUAACGAUGAAGCUGCCGCCGCUUUAAUCACGAAAGUCACCACCUACGACUUGGACACCAUUGCCACUAAGCUGGAACUUGAACGGUUUUACUUAGCGUUUACUUACGUCUACAACGGCAGACCUAAGCUUGCUCAACGUCUCUGGGAAGAUGAUGUUCACACCGACUUGGCCGGGUUUGUCCUGUGGGGGCUCAACAAUAACACGCUGCUGUUGAUCAGCGCUACCUUUUGCAUGCUUAUCGGGCUGUUUGCUCUGGCAGGGGCCCAGGCCGCCGUCAGACUUUGGGAUAUUUUGGCCGCCAACGCUGGCAACAAGUCAAAAAAAGGUGACUACUCGCAUAUUCUGAUUGAUCUGAUCGUUGAACUGCUUGAGUACUACGCUACUGCGCUUUAUGACUCGUUUGAACACGAUGUCCAUGAACAGUUGCGGUUGAAGCAAAAGAGACAAGAAGCGAUGUUUCUGCGUCCGUCUGGGGGUGAUGGCGAUAACAUUACUCCCGUGGUCAUCGAGUACGCUGAAGAUGCCGUCGUGUUUAUUUCUGGGUUUGUGCUGCUUAUCCUGCUGAUUGUUGAACAUUUGGCGAGUGAUGACCACCCGAGGAUGAAAGAUAUCCGCCAAGCGGCCUUUGACCGGUUCCUGCCGGUAGUGAUCGAGUUCUUACACUUGGACAAUGUGACCCUGACCCUCGCGGCUCUGGCGUCGUCUUCUCGUCAAGGUGCAGGGCUGCUGCUGCUGCUGCUGCGAUCACUGGUGCUUCCUCAUCUCGUGGUGCUGCCCGAAAAUAAAGUGGUCAUUGGCAACUUGAUGGUGGGCUUGUUGCGCACUUUCGCCCAAGGAGCCAGUGAUUUAGAGCUUGUUCACAAGGCUUGGGAUAUCAUGGACCGGUGGAUCUACCAUUCAUUGGCUCCGCGGUUAAAAGCCGCUGAACCUGAGAAUAAUGGCAUCAAGAAACCGGGGCUCCCCACUCGCAAUAUCAUGCUGAUCCCUCAAGGGUUUGCUGCCACUAUCGGUCUGUUUAGCCAAGCAGUGACGUUUGUGGAAGCAAUCACGGUGUUAUUGGCACAAAAGCUGACCUACACCCACCGCCUUCAGUUACGCUACCCUGCCGAUCUUGGUGCUGGCUAUCGGCCGCACAACUAUGUUGGUAUCUGGCCUUAUUUCGAGUUUAUCAUCACUGAGCUCCUUGUGAAGCUGGCCGACAUGGACCCCGAAGACGCCCUCAUCUUGCGCCGUCGCAUCGUUAAGUUGCUUGACUUGGCGUUGUCGCUGGUCGACUGGCCGUUCCUUACGGAAAUCGUCCCGCAAACCGCCACCAAGCAGUUCAAACUUGACGACAUUGUCUACUUGCUUGACUGGCCGACGUUCGUCAAGUCUCACCACGGGGUGGCGGCGAUUGCCACUAUGUUCAAUGGCGAUGCAUUUAGCGCAUUAGCUCAAGUGGUUACUGGCGGUAAAGUGGAAAGAGCAGUAGCAGUGUUGCGUCAAUUGUUACACUUACAAUCACUGUUCCUCCACCAUUUGGCACCCGUGUUGACGCUGACCCCGAAGCACGCUACCCUCAACAUCUAUUUCCCUCCUGGAGUGGGCACGACGUCGACGCUGUUUGAUGAGAUGCUCUUAUUCAAUUUACCCACGGUGGUGACGAUUGCAUUGGAUGUGGGCUCUGCUGACCCCACCGUGGCGGAAGCGGCAAUCGACACAUUGGCUCAUAUUGCUCAAUCAUCGCAAUUCCUCCAGCAAGGGCUGCUCGCGGUGUCGUACCCUCCCUUGCUUCACAGCAACCGUUUACUCACUACGUUUGUUAGUGUUGAUGAGAGUGACCGCAUUAUUGCUCAGUUUAUCGCUCAAUUUUGUGACGUCACGGGAACUGUGGGUGGUGCUGACGACGACAAAUUAAGAUUUAAAAUCCUCAAGUUUUUGCUUGAGAACUUACGCCGGGUUAAGGGCCCGACGGUGGCCCACUUCCUUCUUGGUUACUCAUUUGGCGGUGGCCAUCCCCAGGCCCCUGUGGCUAGUGCGGGAGCUCCCAACACGUUACUCAAAUGUCUUGUUGAGUACCUCCGCUUCAACGUGUUAUUGCUUGCUGAGGUGGACUUAGCUCGCCAUAAUGCCCGCGUGGUGGACCACCUGCCCGCUCAGUACGCGCUGAUGUGCCUUGAAAUUAUCGUCCAUCUCGCUCAAUCGCCUCAAUUUGGCCGGCAAACGCUUGCUUACAUUCGCGCUAUUGACUCUGAGCUUCUCAAAGUGUUGGUGGCUGAUCAGUUACGCGUGGAUUCCACUACUCUGUGGAGUGGCAUCGUGUUUGAUGGUAAUAUGGACAUUGACCACAUCAACCGUUUUGUUGACAAUGACCCCACGGCAGCAGCAUUUGACCAGUUCAUUGCCUUCCGCACUUGGGUCGUCAAGUUCUUUGCCCUUGAGUAUGCUGCAGCGCCUCUCGCUGUGAUCAGAGAGUGCUAUUUGGAAUUGGCGCUUAACUACCACACCCAGUUCCUCAACGGCCUGCCGAAAGUGUUGGGAUUCUUGGACAUCUUGAACUUUGGUUUCGUUAAUUUCGAUGCGUUUGCUAUUGAAAACUUAGCGUCAAGCUACCACUUGGGUUCGAUACUGACUCAGAUCGGCUACGAUGAGAUGGGUACAAUUGACAUGCAAGUGGUGCGCGAUUUCAUCGAAGUGGAAAACCUCGCCAAGGUUCCUGCUACCACCACUUUGCCAGCCACGGGCAACACCACUUAUAAAUCAUUGUUGCCUCCAGCUCUGAGCUCAUCGACGACGAGCUCUCAUUCAUUUAUCGAUCGUUACUCACGUCCGUUCAGUUCUACCUCAAUGGUGGACAAGUUUGUUGAUGCUAGUCUGUCAAUGGCGCUCCGUCUGUCAACGGCAUUGGUCCCGUCAGCACCGCCAGCUAACGAUACCGUGGCUCCUCUUCCUCCUACUGAACAACAGUUGCUGUUGGUACCGCUUCUUCGUCGCGCCUACAUUAUGAGAACUACUCGUACCGCCCAAUUGGAGUGCUUGCGGGGUUGGUGCCGUCUUAUCGAUGCCCUCAUCGAAGGUAACACCACCGAUGCUGCCACUGGCCACGCUCGUGCUGAUGCUGGUGAACUCAUAUUGGAGGUAUUCCAGGCGAUCUUACCGAAGAUCAACGACUACUUGGAUUCGGAUGUGGUCUUCUCUGAAGAGCUCAUCUCGCUUGCCGUACUUCUCUUUGACAAGUAUGACCAGUACGUGGUGUCGCUGACUGAAGGUGAAUCGCAACUGUUGGCGGUUAGCCGGUUGAUGCCAUUGUUCAAGAGUGGCGUGGUGGGGUUGUUGAACCUGAAUUCUACUCCAACCUUACGCCUGGACUUGUACGUGUUGCUGACCAAGUUCUUACACAGAGUGUUUGGUGUCGCCGAGUUGGCUAAAGAGACCCGCAAAGUGGUGGCUGCUGUCGACAAACGGAUGGUGGCCAUCGUCGCUAAUGAUGCCAUUUACCUGGAAGGUCCCCUGAGAAUCACGCUGAUUCUCUUGCUUGAGGCUCUCGUCCACCUCUCUCCUGAAGAGAUCGUAUCGGCGUUGGAACACAAUAAUCUGCUCAAUCUUUUGGUGAUGCUGAUUAAGCGCACUGACGAUAUGAUUGAAAUGUGUCGCCAAGGUAAAGGUGGGGUGCUGAUUCAGACGCUUGUGGUGGAGCUUGUGGCAUUUAAAGCCACCAUCUACUUGCUUGUGAGAGUGGCUCAGCAUAAGCACGGUGCGCUUUGUCUUAUCCAACUGGAGUUGUACCUGGUGCUCAUGCAACUGCACUGGCUCAAGAUUGACCCUGAUCUUGGGGUGGGACUUGUCAUUGAAAAACAACCUGACCACGAGGAUGUGCGACUUCAACUUGUUCUUGAUACGCCGGUGGGUCUCAGUGACCUUGUUGGCAGAGGCAAAAACCCUAAGGCAGCUGUGGUCCCGCAGCUGUUGCUGUUCCUCGAGUUCUUGGUGCCGUUGUUCCAAUUGAUUGCCACCGUUAACGUGCUGAGUGGACCAAACUACAAGCCCAGCUUCAACCUGACACGCGACUUGUUGAAACAAUGUCGCCCGUUGGUGGUUGGGGUAAUGAAACGCCAGCUUAUUUUGGAAGAAGACGGUAAGCUGGUGCCAGAAUUGGAUGAGUUGGCGAAGAUCUUUACGUUAUUGGACUCGCUCACUCACCCUCAAAAGUAA